CCAUAUUUGACAUUACAAAUUUCAAAGCCCCGACUCGACCGUUAGACCCAAAACCCCUCACAGAUAGACAGACCGAUUGAGGGGAGAGACCGAGGCAGAAGAAGAGAAACCCUCUCCCUCCGCAAUGCCGACAAUGGGGAGAAGACGGGCGACAACCCACGGGCCCGCCUCAACGCCGGACCCACAACCAGAGAUCGACCCGACCCCGAAGAUCUCCCUCUACGAGCAGAGCAGAGAGAACCGGAUCAGGGAGAACAAGGAGCGGCUGCAGAAGCUCGGCAUCAUCGAACUCUCCGACAAGCUCCGGUCCUCCGCCCCGAGACGCACCCCGCAGCGCCGUGGGUCCUCCAGCGAGGACCGGCCCACUCCCGUGCUGCCACCUAUCCCCACCCGCCGCUCUUCCAGGUUGCAGAAUGUGACUCCUGUUAGUUAUGCGGAAGUACCAUUAAAGAAGAAAGAAGGGGGUGGUUCAGAAGACCAGGUCAUUGUUCUAGAGGAGGGUGCGAAGCCUGAGAUUUACACAGAGGAGCAUGAGAAGCUGUUGGGCAGCACUGAGAGGAGCUGGGAACUUUUUGUUGAUGGCUAUGGGAAGGAUGGGAAACGGAUUUAUGACCCCGUCAAGGGAAAGACUUGCCACCAGUGCAGGCAGAAAACUCUUGGUCAUCGUACACAAUGCUGCAAGUGCAACAUGGUACAGGGACAGUUUUGUGGAGAUUGCUUGAAAAUGAGGUAUGGAGAGCAUGUUCUUGAAGCCCUGGAGAACCCGAACUGGAUCUGUCCAGUUUGUCGUGGAAUUUGCAAUUGCAGCCUCUGUAGACAAGCAAAAGGGUGGGCUCCCACCGGUCCACUUCAUAGGAAGGUAUCAAGGUUGGGCUACAAGUCGGUGGCACACUUCCUUAUUCAAACCCGACGGGCACAAACAAAUGAAGAAGAAACUGAUGACUUAGUUAUUCACUCAUCGGUCAAGAGGUCACUGCCAUUCUCAGAAAUUGAAGAAACCGUGACUGAAGAACCUCUUGAAUCUAAUGACAAUGAAACUAGAACUUCUGAUGGGGAGAUCGAGGGAGAGGAAAAAGAGAGCAUUCAUGCUCAUGCAAAGAGGUCACUGGCCUUUUCCGGCAAGGAAGCAGAGGAAACAGUUGACGGUGAAGGAAAUACAAGCACUGGAGUACUGGAGCCAAAAGUUGAAGGGACACCCGAGCAGCACAAGAGCGACGAGGAUGAACCGGAAGUUCAAGUUAUCGAUAAGGAAAAUAACGCAAAGCCAAAGAGGAAGUAUGCUAUCAGUGCGGAACCUGGCCAAGAUAGUAUUGGUGGAAGGCUGAGGCAGAGGCGUAGGAUGCAGAAUGGGAGCAAUGCCUCAGUGGUAUAGGAGAAGAGCUCGGAGUUGAAAGAUUUAGUGAAAGAUUCGUGGUUGGCGCUUGAGAUGAGUUCCAUGACGUUUUUUGGAUGUCGAGAGGAUCCAAAUAGAAGCUGAAGGGAUGAUGACAAAGAAGAUCUUGACGUACAUUUUGGUCGAUGGCUCAAACAAUGAGCAAGUAGUAUAUUACUAGAGGGUAGCUAAUCUUAGUGUAACCCUGAGACUUAUUUCUUUUGUGCCUGCCUGACGGUAUAUGAUAUAUAAUGUCUUCAGAUCUUGCCGUUAAUCCUU